GAGUCCUAUUCAUUUCACAACACAAACUCAAACGUUGCAGUUGACUGGAACUUCAAAUAAAUCGAAGUGGACUCAUGAGUAGAUAGUUGAAGGAUGUCAUUCCACCUACGAUGUGCACUCGGCUAUGUCGUCGUGAUCAGCCUCAUGGUCUCCUGGUCUGCCUGCCAUGGUGGAAAAGUUCUGGUAGUUCCUCUGGAGGGGAGUCACUGGGUCAACAUGGACAUCUUUAUCAAGGCCCUGCACUCUAAAGGCCAUGAGGUCACAGUGGUUCGGACCUCCAGAAGCUGGUACAUCAAAGAGGAAUCUGUACACUACAACUCGAUUACUGUACAAGUUGAGGAUGGAGUUGACGAAGAUUUUAUUAAGCCCAUCCUUGAUAAAAUAAUCGCUAUAGAGAGAGGUCAAAGUUCCAUGUUGAAUUUCUUAAGCAUGCAGUUGGAGGCCUUUAGUUUUAUGUCUAAGGUCCCUGCUAUGGUGUGUGACAUGGUGACCAACAUGUUUAACGACGAGGAUUUGAUGGCCACUCUGAAAGAGACCCAGUAUGACCUCGUCCUAACUGACCCAGGGUGGGGAGGAGGUAUCCUGCUGGCUCGCUAUCUCCAGCUACCUCUGGUCUACAAUGUUCGCUGGGUAACCAGUGGAGAAGGUCAUUUAGCCAUCUCACCUUCCCCCUUAUCUUACAUUCCGAUAACAGGCAGUGGAAACUCUGACAAAAUGACUUUUACUGAAAGAGUAAAAAAUUUGCUUUUUUAUGUGCUAGCGCAAACUCAACACAAAUUCCUAAUUCAGCCAUAUUACCAAGCUGUUUGUGAUAAGUAUUUAAAUGGUGCAGAUUACAACGAGCUACUCCGAGGAGCUGACCUGUGGCUCAUGAGAGUUGACUUUGUGUUUGAGUUCCCUCGUCCCACCAUGCCUAAUGUUAUCUACAUGGGAGGGUUCCAGUGUAAACCUGCCAAGCCCCUUCCUCAAGAUCUGGAGGAGUUUGUUCAGAGUUCUGGAGAACAUGGAGUCAUUAUCAUGUCUUUAGGGACUUUUGUUGGAGAGCUCCCUCAAGAUUUAGCUGAUGAAAUAGCAGCUGCUUUUUCUCAGCUUCCCCAGAAGGUGAUCUGGAGGUACAAGGGCAGCAGGCCAGCUACCCUGGGCAACAACACCCUAAUAGUGGACUGGAUGCCACAGAAUGACCUACUAGGGCACCCCAAGUUAAAAGCUUUUGUGGCUCAUGGAGGAACCAAUGGAGUUCAAGAGGCUUUGUACCACGGGGUUCCUGUUGUGGGUCUACCUUUGUUUUUUGACCAAUAUGACAACCUGCUUCGUCUAAAGGAGAGAGGAGCAGCAAAGCUGUUAUCCAUGGCUACUGUGGACAAAGAAAAUAACUUCCUACGGGCCCUACAGGAAGUGCUGCAAGAGCCUUCCUACAGGCUGAAUAUGCAGAGACUCUCCAGGCUCCACAAGGACCAGCCAAUGAAACCCCUGGAUAGCGCCCUCUUCUGGAUUGAGUUUGUCAUGAGACACAAAGGUGCUUCUCACCUUCGUACAGAGUCCUAUAAAAUGCCCUGGUAUGUCUACCACUCAAUAGAUGUAAUGGCGUUGUUACUCACUAUUGGAAUCAUAAGUAUGUUGAUUGUUGCUGCAGUAUUGAGGUCUUGCUUCAGGAUGUGUUUAAAGCAAAAAGUGAAAUAUGAGUAAUUGUAAAAGGGCUUUUGUGUUGAGGUAAAAAAAAAUAUGAAGUAUUAUUUGUAACAGCAGAUUUCAUGUUUUCUUGAAAGUAUUCAAGAAGUCAAUUGUGCAGUCAAUUGCAAGUGUUAUGUAAGUCAAUUUUUAACAUGUUGACACCAUUGUACAUAAUUCUGCACUUUUUAAUAAAAUAAAUAAUUUCUUUAUUAUAAAAAGGCAUUAC